CACUUCCAACAUCUCGCAGCUCCUAUUGCAGACGCGCCCCGUAAACGAUCCGACUCCGAUCGAGCAGUUGGAAGCACUACAAUCUAGGCACACUGAGUGCCUCACUGGUGCAGCGACUCUAGCGACUCGAGCUAUCAAAUAUUAGAAUCUGCCCACCCUUGAGUCGUGAAGACGAUAUGACUCGCGUUCGUUCGGCAGCAGUUUCCAGAGCUCACUCAUGACGUAACCGUAACGCUCAUGACGCAGUGAAUCGCUAACUGCAAGAUUCAUUUUUAUGUUAAUCUAUUUUUGUUUCUGCAGCGAAUGUUCACUUAACAUCAUCAAAAAACGGGUGGAUGACGACCAAGAAGUGUCUCGAGUGGCUUAGCCGUGUCUGGGGUCCCGACACCGACAAUACUCACCGUUUGCUGGUGAUUGAUAAAGCGCCGAUCCACAAGACCAAGGCCAUUGUGGACGCAGCUGAAGCGGCUGACAAAGACAUUGCAUAUAUUCCAGGAGGGUGCAGAGGAAUUCUUCAACCCUCAGAUGUCUACUGGAACAAGUCCUUCAAGGGCUCCUUCUGCUCAUCAAGGGCGGAGUUUAUGAGGAAGGUUGAGAAAACGGCAAAAGGCAACCUCAAGAAGCCUUCAAGGCAGGACGUUUUGAACUUUGUGUCGGCAGCUUGGGCUGCAGUACCUGAAGAGGUUAUCACCCGUUCAUUUAAGGGGUGCAGCAUCAGCGGCGCGCUUGAUGGCAGCGAGGACAGACACCUGCACGACCGCCUUGCGGGCAUUAGCGAGCCCGCGAUCGCAAUCCCCUCGAGUCGCGACAGCGUCAACGACGAAGGCGUCAACCUGCUCUUUUGCAGUGACUUGGAAGAUUCAUUCUCUGGAUUCAGCGAGGACGAGUAAGUGUCAAGUCAGUGGCCAUUUAUAGUUAGAAAAUAAACAAGUCAGCAUGGUUUCUAUGGUUCCGUUUGCAUGCAUACCACCGCACGGCUCUUCGCGAGCCGCCAUCUUGGUUUUUAGCGCCUGGGGGCUAUGUUGCACGUUUUGUACUUCGACGACGACUAGAGAGAAGGAAGUGACAUAGGUGUGAAUGAACGUAUCUUAGCAACACCACGCAUCGCGGAAACUCACCUUCUGACGCCGUGACGACAUCGCAGUAAUUAACUACGACACACUUCCGAUGCACGGCCGUGAAGACACGAAGCCAAACGAGCGAACCAAGCCGACUCUUGUACUUGCAUUGAGCCGACAGUAGCCA